UGCCAUUUUUCCUCUUUAUUGUGGGAGCAUCACUUGGGCUUGCAUACAAGAACGUGUCUUGCAGACUUAUUGCGACAAAAAAGGCAAUAUUUCGAGCAGUGAAGCUUCUAAUAGUAGGAAUUUUUCUCCAAGGGGGCUAUUUACACAGCCUCAACAACCUAACUUAUGGAGUUGACGUAGAACAGAUCAGAUGGAUGGGGAUAUUGCAGAGAAUUGGAAUAGCAUAUUUGCUAGCGGCAGUAUGUGAGAUUUGGCUCAAGGGUGUUGGUAAAGUCAAUUCCGGAUUGUCUUUGGUGAAGAAUUAUCUAAUGCAGUGGGUUGUCGCUUUGGUGCUUACUGUCCUGUACAUUUCCUUGUUAUAUGGCUUGUAUGUUCCUGACUGGGAAUAUCAGAUUCCAACAGGAACCUCUUCUUUGGCACCAAAGAUAGUCUCAGUGAAAUGUGGUGUACGGGGAGACACCGGACCAGCUUGUAAUGCUGUUGGAAUGAUCGAUCGCAAAUUUUUGGGCAUUCAACAUUUGUACAGAAGACCUAUCUAUGGCCGUAUGGAGCAAUGCAGUAUCAAUUCCCCAGAUUAUGGUCCACUUCCACCCGAUGCUCCUUCGUGGUGUCAAGCCCCUUUCGAUCCUGAAGGACUUCUAAGUUCAGUGACGGCUAUUGUCACUUGUUUGGUUGGUUUGCAUUAUGGGCACGUUAUUGUCCAUUUCAAGGAUCACACCAAUAGACUUAUGCAGUGGAUGAUUCCAUCCUCUGGCCUUGUAGUAUUGGGUGUUACCUUUAACUUUUUUGGAAUGCAUGUAAACAAGGCUCUCUACACAUUUAGUUACAUGUGUCUUACAGCUGGCGCUGCUGGCGUUCUCUUUGCUGGAAUAUAUGUAUUGGUUGAUUUGUAUGGAUAUAGACGCUCAACUUUCGUGUUGGAAUGGAUGGGAAUGAAUGCAUUGCUGAUUUAUAUACUUGCAGGCUGCAAUGUCCUGCCCAUUAUGCUACAAGGAUUCUAUUGGAGACAGCAUCAAAACAAUAUUCUUAGAUUAAUUGGAAUCGGGGCAUAAGGAUUAGAAGACGAGGUAUGCUACAGAAAGAUUUCAGGCCGGAGAAGUUAAUCACGGCCAUCUAAUUUUAGCAAGUUGCCGACAAGGAUAGGAGAUCUUGUGAGAAUUUUGUAGGAGUGGAAGCAACUACAUUCUCUAUUUCUCAUAUAUUUCUUAGACCCGACUUAAAAUGUAGCAGAUACUUAAGGAGCAAUCGGAAGCUUAGCAGAAUAUUGCUACAUCUUAUGAGACUUGAGGUUGUUUUCUCAAAGACUUUAAUGUCUUGGAAAAUUCUGCACUCAUAUAAGAAAACUUUUUUCCAUGAUAAUUAGAUUGUGUGGCUGGCUGGUGGGCAUAGGAAAAUUGGACAAAACAG